CGAUUGAGUCUCAGGGGAGGCCCCAGAGUCCUAAGCAACCAAUCAGAUCGUGCGAAGCGGAGCGUGAACUGACAGCGCGGAGCGUUUAUCACCAACGGUAUCAAAUCUCUCAGAAAACCAGCCGUUGGAUGUGCCUCUCUAAUUCAUCGGUAGUUUGGGACAGAAUCUGUGCUCCAAACAACAGAUUUCUUUUCUAAGAAUAGUUUUAAAUUAGUCGCUAUCGUCUAGCACAAAAUAGUUAAGCCGCGCUUUCGAAAAAUGAAGCUUCGAACGCGAAUUCCAUCACGAGCGAGGGCCUCACUUCUCGCCUUACCAGAGGAAGUCAUCCUUCUCAUUCUCAAGCGUUUUACAGCACACGAAUUAAUGAAUCUGAGAAUGGUGAGUAGACUCGGCUAACCCUUAUUCUAAACAGAUGCGAGGUCCUUCAUUUGUUUUAUCCAAAACUAUCCAAGGCUGUAUGACCGUUGGAGAGUCGUUCGCCGUACAAACACGGUGGCCUUUCUCUGACCGUUGAUCGAUCGUUCGUUUUGUUGUUGAUUUCCCCGCUUUAUUUUCUCCAUUUUGUAGGUUUGUUCUAGACUCAAGAUACUCGUAGACGAAUCAUCCAGCCUCUGGAUUUCAGCUUCUUUUCUUGGAGUUUGGCCAUCACUCAAAAAUCUGCCUCUUCUUCAAAGGUUUGUUGAACGACUCGUGUAACGGAAUUCGGUUGCUUUGCGCGUCAUUCGAAUUUCCCUCCAUUUUCAACGAGUGAACUCCACUAAACAACAGAAUAGACGAGUCGUGUUUGAUCCAUCAUAAGCUUUUGUAUGUGACAGUUUUCUGUUAUUUAUUCUUAAUAUUUUAUAGGGCAGCCAAUUUGGGGAAUCCAGAAGCUCUUAUCAAGCUUGGACUCGCUCAUUUGUAUAACGAAGGAAGUAUGUGAUCAUUUUAACGUACAGUGGAACGCAGGACCUUCUGUAAAUAGCAUUACCCCUAAAGAAGAUUAAUAUAAUAAGUAUAAUGUUUUUCUGUUAUAGAAAAUAACUGAAGCGUCAUAAAGUUUGAAAUGAUAUUUGAGAAAACUAAAAUAUCCGUCUAUAUUAAUUACCCUUUUAAAUAUGUCAACGUUAUAAGUGAUUUGAUUAGACAGUAUUUGUUGUAUCGGUUAAGAACGACGCGUGCUAUUUUUGUUAUAGAUUUUAUCAUAACGACCCUUAAAAACGAGCGCAAAAAAAAUUAUUUUGAAAGAGGCGAACAUGGUAUACAGUAUUCUUACAAAAUGUAUCACCUUUCUGAGCUACAACAGCUGAUUUUCCAAAAUUUUUACACCAAUAAUAACUGUCAAUUUCAGUUUCAGAGAAUGGAGAGAAAGGUGUCAAUGCAAAAGAAAACGGUCGUCUGGCGGCAGAAUUCUUCUUUAAAGCUGAAAGUACCAUUCAAAAUGGUGCACCAUUUACAUGGUUUUUUGUGCGUCCUCCGUGGGCACCUUCUGGUGUGUGCUGUAAAUCCUGUGUGUUCAAUAGUAUGGUGGAGCUCUGUUCAGAUCCAGUGGUGAGCUAUACAGUGUAUGGGAAACAUAUAGUUAGGAACCAGCAAUCAUUUAUUGCUAAGCAGGGGGGAAGGGGAUAGUCAUAUAUGAAAUUGACUGCCAAUGAGGGCAUAUUGUAUGAAUAUUACAGAGCUCUAUAGGUGGAUCAGGUAAAUAUUAUUGGGAUGUAGCCAAAAUCCUCUGACCUUCCACCCUCUCCCCCCCAAGCAUCAAAUAAUGCCUGUUCUCUUAGUCCUUUAUGUUAUGAUUCUGUAGUCAUUUACAGUUUCCCACUCUGCCAGAGAUUCUGCUCUAUCUACCAGUGCCAGGCUUCUUUCCCCCCCCCCUCCUCCCUUGAAGGUGUAGAAGUCCAUUGCAGAUUACCCUUAGCAUUUCAGCAGGUCUCCCUGGCAGUUUUCUGUCAAUUACGGAUACUCUCAACCAGAGAGAGGCACCACCAGUGUCAUGAAUCUCUUUCAUGAACACAAAACAAUGACCCCAGAUUCUGUAGACCAUUCAGUGGAGAAGACUAAAGAAGUAAUUCUUACACACUUUUCCCCCAUAACAUAUUUAAUAAGUGAUAUUUAUCUAUUUUCAGGUCAAUAACUCAAUGUUGUACAGUGUAGGAAAAAUCCUUAGUUUGCAUGAGGUAUGUAAUUGCACAGAGUGAAUCCUAUUUUUAAAAUUUCCAGCAGGUCAGAAUACUAAUGGCUAAGCAUCAAUCCUAGACUAGAUCACAGUGUGCUAAGCAAUGUAUCAGUCAAUUAGAAGCUCCAAGAAUCCUUAACCUGUCAAUCCCUGUACACACUGUUAUUGAGAAACUUGGGAAGGUUCCUGUAUAUAAGUCAAAGGCAAUGGCCCAGAUAGAGCCUAAGCUUCCAUAAAAGGGGCACAACAUAUACAGCCCCUCAAUGCAAGUUGAAAGAGACUGAGUUACAUCAAGCCAGAUGGGAAAAUUUUGGCACUAAGUCAUGAUAUUUGCACCUUAAUGCAGGCCAAAUAUUUUCCUUUCCAGCCCACCUCUUAUGUCAAUAAGUACAUUUAACUUGUAUUUCAGGAUGGACAGAAAAAGGAAGAGAGUCUGCAAUGGCUGAAAAAUGCUGCAAAGCAAGGGUCUUGUCAUGCUGCAUAUGAUCUAUGGAAAUUAAGAUUUUGCGAAGGUCCAAUGGAACCUUACUCAAAACUGGAGAGACUACGUGAACUGCGAGACUGUGCCAAAACCAAUCACCCUGAUGCUCAACUCACUCUAGCCCUUGAAUACGCUAAAGGAAAUCUGGGUGGGGUCACUAAAACACAAGUGGCAGAAUUUACAUUACAGGUAAAUCCAUGCACAAACCUUAGUAUUUUUCAAGCUCUGGUCAAAAAUGAUCAAAAAUGAUCACACUUGCAUACCACUGUAUAGAAUGGUUUUUAUGUUCCAUUUUUUAAAAUAUAUGCCAUGAUCCUGUGAAAUACCCACUUCACUUGUGUCCAGAAAUGUAUGCAACGAUGAAAAUUGCAGAUUUAACAAAAUUCCAUGAAACCAAGUGAAUGUUAAUGGAUUUGACAAAUUUUUUAAUCAAAUUCUUCAAAGCAAAAUCAACCUGGCAGAUUUGACAAUUUUUUCACCAUAUUCAUUACUGCAUGUAUUUCCAGACAUAUGAAAUAAACUGCCCUGUAAAGGUCUAAUGUGUUUUUUUUUUUUUUUUUUUUUUUUUUUUUUUUUCCCGUGCAGUUUGUCUCAAGAUCCAGGCCACUUAAUAGCCACAAGCUUUUUAAGUUUCAAACUGAACUCAACAGCACAAUGAGGUAAAGAUUUACUUCCAUACAUAGAUUAAGUUGAUCACAAUGCAUUGAAUUUCAACCAGUGUUCUUUAGUGAUAGUGAUGCAUUUCAAAUAAGGUUGAAUACGUCUUUAGAUUAAACAUGGCCCUGUAAAGCCUGAAGACAUGAGGCUAAGAGGGAGACAUUUUUUGUGCUUCAUUACAUCAUCAAAUUCUUAAAUUUAAUUUUUAUGUUAACUUUUAUAUAAAACUACCAACUUUGUCUUGAUACCUUCAUUUUCUAUGUGGCAGGCUAAAAUACAAUUGUGCCAUUGUUACCGAACUCUGGUCUCAAAGUUCAAAGUAAUUUUGCUUGUUGACUUUCAGAUAUAUCUUAGUUGACUGGCUUGUAGAAGUAGCUGUGAUGAAGGUAUUUGUAAUUUUAAUUUACCUCUAAGUCUCCUGAAUUUACAGUGUGAUGUGACAGAUCUGACAUUGUGAGUCAACACUGCACUCAGACAUCCACUUACUCUUUGUCAAACAGGAUUUUCCGAGUCAGAUAGUUCAUAUCGCCGUUAGCUGUGUAGAUCAAUAUUUAAUGCAACGCAAAGUGCAGAGAUCAGAGUUGCAACUUCUUGGAAUCACCUGCAUGUUAAUAGCAGCAAGGUAUGUCACAUCUCUUUAAACUGAAGCAUUCUUUUGUACUGGUAGUGAACCAAGCUUACAAAAAUGCCCUCAUUAUUGAUGCUGCUGCAUGAGUGUUUUUUUUGUGCACAAGUACAAUGCAAGUUUAAGGCCUUGAAGAAAGCUAGCCAGCAUGAGGUCUGUAAGGAAUCUGGCCCUUUAGUAAUAACAAGAGAGCCCUUGCAGACCUCUCUCUAACUGCGAUUGCUCAUCAGGCAUCAAACUUUCCUUAGGGCAAAGAAACACUUGUUUUGAGGUAGUAGUAAUGACAGCUUAGUUGCUUGCUGUACUGAGCCAUAUUGUUUUAUAGCUUGAUAUCUGAUCUUAACAUUUACAAUCUCCACAGGUUUCAAGGAACAGAUAUUGUCACCAUAAGGGAAGCUGCCUGGUUAACUGAUGGCACCUACAAGUAUGAAGAAGUAGUAAGGUUAGUUUGACAAUACUGAUACUGUUAUUUGGAAUGAGAAGAUUUUCAAACAAUACUUCUGGAAAUGAAGGGUCCAUAAAUAAUGUUAACCCUUUUACUCCUAAGAUCUCAUUAGGUAUUUUCCUUACAGUCUGACAUACAGUUCUUGUGAUGUUAGUUUGAAGAUUUUGGUAUUGGAUCAGCUUAUAAUUCCCUCACUGAUAUUUUACUCUAUUCUCAUCACUUGUCUGCUUGACAUUGUAUUGAUAUUGUAAGGAGAAAUUCUCUCUAGGUCACUUCUGGGAGUUAAAGGGAGAAAACAGAUAUUCAGGGUGUGCAAGCUUUGAGUGAAAAACCCUAAGAGGAGGUCUGACCCUAAGAAAGGGGAUGACGUUUUUUGGUCUCAUCAGGAGCUUGGGAUAAAGAAAAAAAACUCUUGAAUCAAGCCUCAAACCCUAACACUCAAUACUAUAAAGCUCUACCACCAAGCCACAAAGACUCUACAUUAAGCCACAUGUCUAGACUUCUCAUGGUAUUGGGCAGUUGUUUUAAAGAGAAUUGAUUUUUGUUUGUUUCAUCUUCAGAAUGAUGGGUGAGGUGAUGUCCUCCAUCAAGGGUCAAGUCAGGGUAAGUUUUUCUGAUAUCUGUUACUAACAGCAGUAAAUUUCUUUAGUAACAGUAGUGUAAUAACUGUUAGCUGUUUUCCCUCUUGUCUCUGUACAUUGCUCUUUAUAUUCUUAGUCCUUAACUGGUCGUCAGAUUGGUGAUGAGUAAUGCUUGGAUUUUUCCACAGGUCCUCACCAUUCCCGAUUUUCUACAGCUGUUUUGUUCCUUAGCAGCAGUAAGUGUUCCAAAGUGUUAUUAUUUAACUUUUGCUAGGAAGAAACAUGCAUAGAACAACAGCAAUCAGAGUGAAUUAAUGUGAAAACAAUUCAACACAUAAAAACAUGGAAUAUCUUCAAGUUUCAUGUGAAAGAUAAACUUUAUAUUUCUGAUUGGUAUGUUUUAUUUCAGGUUAGUCAAAAGACUGAAUGUAUUGCAGGGUAUGUGGCAGAUUUGUCCAUUCUUCAUACAGAAUGUGGAAGGUAAGUUUUCCCUGUUAAGUACCUAUCAAGUCAGUUAAUAAUUCCUUCUUUUAUUUCAAACAUUUACUCUAAUUUGUUUUGUAUUUCAUUCAUUUUAGGUUCUCACCAGCUGUGACAGCUGCGUCAUCAGUUUUGUUGGCAAAUGCAAUUCAACAAAUUGGUAAGUGGAUAUAACAACUUGUUACAGAAACAAUUUUCAUAUUCAUGGUAGACAACUCUUCUUGAUUAAUCAAGGUGUUCCAAAUUUUCUCAACCAACUGAAUGCUGCUACUUUUGCCUUUGAAUUUCACCCUAAAACUUAACCUUCUCUUAGUACAUUCUUCCAAAACAAUGAUUAAAGUGGAUGGUAUUAGGAUAUCUCUAAGUUUUCAAGCCACUUCCAAGGAGAAUGUAAGUCAUCAUGUAUCACCGAAUCCUUUCACUAUUAAAGAGAGUUCUCAAGGUAAAUGGCUUGAAUUAGUUUUAUUUAGGUGUGAAGAAAGUUCUGUGUCACUUCUCACUGAUCUCCAGCUACAACAUUUUUUAAUGCUGCCUUGUUAUUUGAGUAUCACUUUGCUUCUUAAAAAAACUACAACAACAACUUUACUUUUACUUUGGACAUUAACCCUCAGACUUGUAGCAUCAAUUCUUAUAGAGGCAGUCCAAUACCAGAUAACUGAUUUUGAAAAAUAUUGCUAAUUAAAGGAUUUAUAUUUUUUUCAUUGCCUUUUCAUAACAGCAACACCAUGGCCACUACACAUGCAUGAAAUGACUGGCCUCAGUCUUGUGGAUCUUUUGGAUUGUACUCUUCAUUUACAUCAACAAUGGUAACAAUUUUUUUUGGUCCGUUAUGAAGACUGCUUACGUUUAUUGUUGAUUGAAUAGAGCUAGAGCGAAUUUUGAUCGAGUGUCGCAAAACCAAAAUCACUGUAAUCACCACAGAAUUUCAGAAAAAAGGAAAAUACCUUUGUGAGCCAAUGAGAACUCAAAGUGAAAUAAAGCAAACCGCGGGAAAUUGCGUGCGACCAAAUAGUGACUGGAUUAAGGUAUCUGAUUGGUUAAGACUGGCCAAUCACAGAGCGAUGUAUAGAGAAACCAAUGCAAACUCGGAUAGCUCGUCAACAACUCGUUAGUACGGUAUAAAGUAUUUCUUUCUUACAUAUUGUUCAGUUGAUGAAAGGUGUUGUUUCUGAUUGAUUUUAGCCUAGUUGAUGAUUGCCCUACAGAUCAUAGAAAUGUAAAGCUGAAAGCUAUUAAACAAAGGUUUGUUUUAUGCUCUUCUUUCUUGUGAGACUAUGAGCCGUCCUUACUUUACUGCGAGGUCAGCUACGCUAGUGAAAGAAAAAAUUGAAGUUAUGACGGCGUGCCAACAUCAAUUUUUCUCUUGCCGAUUUUAAUUUUUUUUUUACUCGCGCGAAGGACUCCGCCGAAAAGGAGGGGCUGUUCGUUGUCUUAGUUUUUGUGUUAUCUUUUUUCUGUGAUUAAGUAUUACCUUUACAUAUGUUGAAAGCCAUCUUGGUUUUUUGGCUGAUUUAUUUGCUGUUUUUUAGUAUAGUUAAGUUUAGUUUUUUUGUUUGUUUUGAUUUUGUAUUUUCGGUUUUAAAACAUUUAGUGCUUCUUUUACCUUGUAGAUAUUCAGAUGAAAGGUUCUUGAAAGUUAGCGAAAUAAAGGUAUGUUUUCAACUUCGUACAUUUACGAAUAUUAAUGCCGCCUCAGGUGUGUGUUGUGUCAUUUGCUAAAUUAUUGUUUCUUAUUUUUGGUGACAGUUUUGACGCCUUUGCAAAACUUCCAAGAAAAUCCCUAAGUUUAUUUUAGCAAAAAAAUUAUGUACCUACUGGAAAGACGCAUGACGUUUUUAAAAUUAGGUGAUCUUAAAUUUUUGUUUUAAACAUUAUACCCAGGUUCCCAACCGAGAAGAGUUACGUCGUUUUCUCCAGUCUGAAGCGCUCUGUGGAAAACGCUCUGUUCGCGGUCAAGCAGUGGCGAAGCAUGUUGGGCUUGCGCAGCACAUCAAUGCUGACGACAGUAUUUUGAAUACGAGUAUCAGCAGUUUGUCUGAGAGUGGUUACGAGGGAGAUAUGGAAGAUGAAGGUGAACAUAACAUUGAUGAUCCUCUUGACGAGGAAUUGUUUAGCGAGCUAGCUGAUGGUGAACACGCCAUGUUAAAUAAGCAAUCAAGGGACUCUUCCUUCCUUAACUGGGAGGAUUUUCCUAGAACAAGCUCAACGCCGAGUAUUCUUCAUCCAGCUGGAUUUCAAAAUGGGUUUGAUUUUGAAGUGCAGGACAUGGAGACAGACUCAGAACCCGUGCAUAUAGACAAUGGUAUUCACAGCGCGCGCGAAGUGUGCGUGCCAGUAGCUCUAGAGCCAGAUGAAAAUAUGGAGGUAGUGGAAAAUUGUGUGAAACCAUCGGCUUCAAGUCUGGGACGCAGGCCUUUAAGAUGUAUCGAGAACAACAAUGUCCCUUCCGGGGUUCCUAUUUCUUUGAAAUCCGAGCGAAGAACUUCUGCUUGGAGUCAAUCAGUCGCUCAAUGAACUUGCCUUUGUGGCUAGUAUUUUGCGCCCGUUUCUUUAUCUCUGCUCUUUACUAUGGCUUGAAUCUUUUGUUUACGAGUCUCGCAUUUUUAAAUUGUGCGAUCACAUUGACGAAUCCAAGCAAAAUUAUAUUUUAGUGCAUGUGUGUCGAAAAUACCUAUCUAUCGGUUCAAUAGUUUUAUCCCCACAUCAAUUUUAACCUCAAUAUCUUUCUAGUGCAAAUUGUAUAAUUGUAUAUAUUCAUUUAGGAAUCAUAACCUACAUUUUGGCAUACUCAACAUUCUACAGUCCUCGACGUUUCUUUGUUUCCCUUUCGUUUUUCCUCUCUUGCACUCCGGCCAAGUCUCCAAGUUUGAUCACGAAACUGAGAGGACUGAUAACGAGGUUGAAAUUGCCGUUAUUUAUCUUGUACAGGAUCAAAAAAUAGUCUCCAAUUGAUAUUUUUAAGGGUAUGUGUUGCUGUUUUUGGGUUAAGGCCUGCUAGAAAAUUAACGGGAGAAUUUAUUGUGGUAAUGCUUACAAUGUGGCAC